AUGAGGCAUGAGUUUUGGAGCAAUGAGCCUGUUGACGACAGAGGAGCAAGUGGAGCCAUCAGCAAGCAAAGCGGAGCAACUGCUGAUGCGGAGGCUCUUCCUGAUGGAUUUCAAUUUGAGAACCAAGGUGAUGCUGCAGAGAUAGCGGAGUUUCUCGAAAGAAACUAUGUCGAGGACGUGUGUUCAGGGCAUAGCCUUGUGUACUCACGGAAGUUUCUUGAAUGGAUGUUUGGCAGCGAGUGCAGCAAGAGAUAUCGGAUUGUGCUGAGGGAGAACGGAGUGCUGAUAGGAUUUAUUUAUGGAAGGAAGCAUAGAUUGGUUGUGAAUGGUGAGAGGAACGAUGUGGUUGGCGUGAAUCUACUAUGUGUGAGCAGGGAACACCGUGGGAAGCGAAUUGUGCCUCUACUCAUCAGAGAAAUAGUGAGGCAAGCAAAUGCAGAUGGGAUAUACCGUGGGAUAUUUACAGCAGGGAGCGAGCUUUUUUCGUGUGUUUGUGUAGGAAGAUACUAUCACCGACCGCUGAGAAUUGACAGGCUUGUUGAAGCAGGCUUCUGCGAUCGGAUAGUGCCUAUGAAGAAGCUUGAGGCACGCAAAGGAACAAGACUGGCAAGAAGCGAGGAUAUGGAAGCGGUAAGAAUGCUAUACCUGAAGGAGAUAGCAAAGCAUGCGUUGUACGACGAGAUGGAUGAGGAGAUCACAGACUUGAGGAGUCAUCAAGAUGUGAUAUACACGUAUGUUCAUGAAUCUGUAUAUGGAAUAAGCGAGUUUGGAAGUUUUUUUGUGAUUGACACGGUUGAGAGAGAAAGUGGAAAGAGAAUCCGUGGUGCAUACAUGUGGUAUAGAGGAGGAGAGAAUCAGUGCAUGAUUGUUAGUGAUCUGAUGUGUUUUGCAGAGAAGUUUGGCUGUGAUGUGUUCAACUGCUUGGACAUAAUGGGAAAUGCAGAAUUUCUGAAGGAGUAUGGAUUCUGCAUUGGAACUGGAGUGUUGAGGUAUUAUCUGUACAAUUGGAAAGCGGAGAAAAUAGACAAGAGCAAAGUAUUUUUUGUGUUUCCUUGA